GGGUGGAGGGAGGCCUGGGCCCCAAGUGAUUCUGGGAAAAGGGCCCGCGCUGGUGGUGCGGAGCCCAUCUCCAGUGAGCCAAUAAAGGUGGCCUAAAUAAAGGGUGGGGCGUAGGCGGGGGAGGGGCGCGCGGUUGCUAACAGUGCGCGCGCGCAUCACAGGGCUGCCAUAAUGGUUUGGCUCCCGCUCAGGGCCCAGCGCCAGUACCCCACUCGCCUGGGUCGCUGCGCCCCGGAGCCUCCGCAGGUCAUGUCCCGGCUGCGCCUGUUGGCCCCACUGCUUGUCCUUACGUGGCAACCGUUGUGGCUGCUGGUCCAGGCAGCUCAGCCUCCGGAGUGGGCCCUGGACCCUGCCCAGCUGACCGCCGACCCCAUGGAGCCGGCUGAGCCCUCGUCUUCGCGCUCGUCUGAUCCCCCACCCGAAUCACCCCAGGUACUUACACCCCCCGCUGAACGGGUGGGCUUUAAUUACCUGGGGUCCUCUGCUCCAGCCCAGAUGUUGGCCCCGCCUAAGGAGUUGACUGAGACUUUGGUUCCAUUCCUGGACACGGAUUCCGUUGGAGAACUACCCCCAGGGCCAGAUGAGGAUCUGAUGACCAGGGAGGCUCAGGCUCAGCAUCCAGAGCCCGCUGAAGAGACCGAAACAUCUCUACUUGAGCAGGAGGCUCCAUCUCAGCGUCCAGAGUCCCAUAAGGAUGGAAAUUCAGCAAACCCACAAGAGGCCCCAGCUGAGCCUUCAAGUACCCCUGAAGAGGUCGAACCUUCUUCAGUCCAGCAGGAAGCCUCAGCUCAACCUACAGAGGCCCCUGAGGAAGUGGAACCUUCUCCAACCCCCCAGGAGGCCCCUGCUCAGCCUCCAGAGCCAUCUAAGGACAUCAUAUCUCCACUGUUAGCACAUCAUGAAGUAAAUGUGCUAUCUCCAAGUCAGAGUGAAGCUCAGAAGCCAAGCUUCCCCAAUGUCACUGUUAAACCUCUGGAUCUUACCAUAACUCUAACUCAGCCUGCGGAGCACCCUGAGGAGGCUGGACCUACCCCAGUCCAGCAGGAGGCCCCUGCUCAGCCUGCAGAGCGCCUCGAGGAGGUUGAACCUACCCCAGUCCAGCAGGAGGCCCCAACUCUAGUUCCAGAGUUCCCUAUCGAGUAUUUAACUCAACUUGCAAUAAGUGAUGAGGUGACAUCUCUACCUCUAGGUCAGUAUCCAGAUUAUUUAAUGUUUCCCAGGGUUACAGGUAAGUCUUUAGAUGUGGAACUUACCACAACUCCAGGGCCUGAUAAAGGUGUUGAAUCUUCUAUAGCCCAGCAAGAGGCCCCACCUCAGCCUCUUGAACAUACUGAGGAAGCAGAACUUUCUCUAACCCAGCAAGAGACCUCGGGUAAGCCUCCAGAGGAGGUUGAGCCUUCAAGUGAGCAGGAGACCCCAGGUCAGCCUUCCGAGCCUCCUGGGGUGAUUGAUCCUUCUCUAAGGCAGCAGGAGACCCCAGCUCAGCCUUCAGUGCCUCCUGAGGAAGCUAAGCCUUCUCUAAGCAAACAGGAACCCCCAGCUCAGCUUCCAGACCCUUUUGGAGAAGCUGAACUUUCUCCAACCCAGGAGGAGGUCUCAGCUCAGCUUGCAGAGCUCCUUAAUGAGGCAGAAUCUUCAACCCAGCAGGAGACUCCAGCUCAGUCUCCAGGGGAGAUAGAAUCUUCUGCAACCCUGCAAGAGCAACCAGCUCAGCCUCCAGAGCUGCCUUCCAGGGAGGUGGAACCUUCUCCAACCCAGCAGGAGCACCCAGCUCAACCUCUAUGGCAUCAUAAGAUGACAGUUUCACCUCCAGGUCACUACCAUGAUCAACAUUUAAACCUGCCCAACGUCAGUUUGAAACCUCCAGAUGUGCAGCUUACCAUGACUGCAGAACCCACUACAGAGGUGGGACCUUCUCCAGUUCAGCACGAGACUAUAGCUCAGCCCUCAGUGCCUCUUAAUGUGGAACCUUUUGAAACCCAGCGUGAAGCCCCAACUCUGCCUCCACAGUCCCCUGAGGUUGAAUCUUUGCCAGUUCAACAGGAGACUCCAACGCAAUCUCCAGAAUCUACCACACAGGCGAAACUUCCAACACAGCAGGAGACCCCAGUUCAGUAUCCAGAAUAUCCUGGAGAAGUUGAACCUUCUACAACCCAGCAGGAGGCCCUAGCUCAGCAAUCACAGGCCCCUGAGGAGGGUGAAUCAUCCUCAACCCAGGAGGAGGCCCCAACUCAGCUUCCACAGGCCCAGGAAGAGGGUGAACCUUCCCCUCUCCAGGAGGAGGGCCAGGGUCAGCACCCACAGGCCUCUGAGGGGAGUGAACCACCUACAACCCAGGAGGAGUCCCCAGCUCAGCGUCCACAGACCCCUGAGGAGGUUGAACCUUCUUCAACCCAGCAGGAGGCUCCAGCUCAGUAUCCUCAGGCAUCAGAGGAGGGUGAGCCUUUUCCAACCCAACCAGAGACCCCAACUCAGUAUCCAGAGCCCCUUGAGGGGACUGAACCUUCUCCAGCCCAGUCAGAGGCCACAACUCAGCAUCCAAAUCCCCUUGGGGAAGUUAAACCUGCAACCUAUCAGGAGGCCCCAAGUCAGCAUCCACAGACCUCUGAGGAAAUUAACCCUUCUGCCACUCAACAGGAGCCUUCUGGUGAGGUUGAACCUUCUCCAACCCAACAGGAGGCCCCAGCUCACUCUCCAGGGUGUCAGGUGGUAACAGUUUUUCCUCAAGGUCAGAAUCAAGCUCAGCUCCUGCUGUUGCCUAAUGUCACUGUUAAACCUGUGGAUUCCUCAGUUAUCAUGACCUCAGAAUCCACUAAUGAGGUUGAAGCUUCUCCACUCCGAGAAGAGGCCUCAGCUCAGUCUGGAGUGUCCCCUGAGCAGUUGGAACCUUCUCCAACCCAGCAGGAGGUCCCACAUCAGCAUCCAGCGCCCCCUGAAAAUGUUGAAUCUUCUCCAGUCCAGCAUGAAGUCUCAACUCCACCCGAAGAUUUUCCUGAGGAAAUUGAACUUUCUCCAAGCCAGCAGGAGAGCUCAGCUCUGCCUCAAGUGCCUGUUGCAAGUAUAGAACCUUCUCCAAUCCAGCAAGAGGUCCCAGCUCAGCAACCAAAGCCCAAUGAGGAGGUCGAGUCUUUUCCAGUUCAGUAUGAGCAUCCAGCUCAGCCUCCAGGGUCCUCUACAGAUGUUGUAGCUCAGUCUCCAGUACAGCAUGAGGUGACAUUCUCACCUCCAGGUCCCGGUGAAGCUCAGCAUCCAGUGUUGCCUAAUAUCACAGUUAAACCUGUGGAUCUGAGGAUUUUCGUAAGUCCCCAGGCAACUAAGGAGGUUAAACAUCUUCCAGUGCAGCAGGAUGUCCCUGCUCAAUCUCCUAUUCCCCCUGAGAAAGUUGAAUUUUCUCCAGCUCAGUCCAAGCAUCUUUCCCAGUCUCCAGAGUCCCCUGAAGAUGAGUCUUCUCCAGGCCAACAAGAGGUCCUAGCUCAGACUCCAGACCCCCCUAAGGCUGUGGAACCUGCUUCAGGCCAACAGGAGGCCCCAGCUCAGUCUGUAGUCCCCCAGCUGGCUCCAGCUGUAUCUCCUGAGCCCCCUAAGGAGGUAGAACCUUCUCCCACACCACAGGAGGCCCCAGCUCAGCCUUCAGAGCCUCCUGAGAAGGUAGAACCAUCUCCAGUUCAGCAGGAAGUCCCAGCUCAGCCUUCAGAGCCCCCUAAUGAGGCAGAAUCUUCUCCAACCCCGCAGGAGGCCCUGGUUCAGUCUCCUGUCCCCCAGCAGGCCCCAGCUGUGUAUCCUGAGCCCCCUAAGGAGGUAGAACCUUCUCCCACACUGCAGGAGGCCCCAACUCAGCCUUCAGAGCCCCCUAACGAGGCAGAGUCUCCAACCCAGCAGGUGGCCCCAGCUCAGUUUCCAGUCCUCCAGGAGUCCCCAGCUAUAUCCCCUGAGCCCCCUAAGGAGGUGGAACCUUCUCCCACACCUCAGGAGGCCCCAGCUCAGCCUUCAGAGCCCGGUAAUGAGGCAGAAUCUUUUCCAACUCAGCAGGAAGCCCCAGUUGUAUCCCCUGAGCCCCCUAAGGAGGUAGAACCUUCCACACAGCAGGAGGCCCCACCUCAGCCUUCAGAGCCUCCUGAGAAGGUGGAACCAUCUCCAGUCCAGCAGGAAACCCUAUCUCUAGCUCUCGAGCCACUUAAGGAGAUAGAACCUUCUCUAACACAACAGGAGGUACAAGCUCAGCCUUCAGAGGCCCCUGAGAAGGUAGAACCAUCUCCAAUUCUGCAGCAGGCUCCAACUCAACCUCCGGAGCCCUCUAAGGAGGCAGAAACUCCUCCAGCCCAGCAGGAGGCCCCAGUUCAGCCUCCAGAGCCACCUGAGGAGGUUGUAGCACAACCUCCAGUCCAUAAUGAGGUGACAGUUCCACCUCUAGGACAAGAGCAAGCUCAGCAUCCAAACUUGCCCAAUGUUACUGUUCAGCCUGCUGACCUGGAGCUUACUGUAACUCCAGAACCUACUGUGGAGGCUGAGCAUUCUACAAUCAUGCAGCAGACUCUAGCUCCUCCAGAGGACACUGAGGUGACACCUCCACAUCCAGAGCAGGUCCAGGCUCAGCAUCCAAAUUUGACUGAAGUCAGAGUUCAGCCUUUAGACCUGGAACUGACCAUAACUCCAGAACCCACUGCAGAGGUUGAAACUUCAACCACGCAAGAGAUCCCAGGUCACCCUUCAGAGCCACCUAAGGAGGUUGUAGUUCAGCCUCCACUGUUUCGGGAGGUGACAGUUCCAACUCCAGGUCUGGAUCAAGCUCGUCAUCCAUUGUCACCUAAUGUAACAGUUCAGCCUUUGGACCUAGAGCUUACCAUAACUCCAGAACCCACUAUGGAGGUUAAAGCUUCUACAGCCCUGAAGAAAACUACAGCUCCUCCAAAGGACCUUGAGGUAACAUUUGCACAUCUAGAGCAGGUUCAGGUUCAGCAUUCAACCUUGAAUAAGGCCACAACUCAACACUUGGACCUGCGGCUUACUAUAACUCCAGAAUUCAAUAAGGAGGUUGAACUUCCUCUACCUAUGCAGGAGACUCCAAUUCAGCCUCCAAAGCCACCUGAGGAGGUUAUUGGAGCUCAACCUCCAGUAUAUCAGGAGCAGACUGUUCUGACACCAGGUCAGAAUCAAGCUAAGCAUUCAUCACUGCCCAAUAUAACAGUUCGACCUUUGGACCUGGAGCUUACCAUAACUCCAGAGCCCACUGUGGAGGUUAAAACUUCCACAGUCCUGAAGAAAACUACAGCUCCUCCGAAGGACCUUGAGGUGACAUUUCCACAUCUAGAGCAGGUUGAGUCUCACCAUCCAACCUUGACUGAGGUCACAGUUCAGCCUUUGGACUUGGAGCUUACCAUAACUCCAGAAUCCACUACAGAGGUUGAAUCUUCUCCAGCCAUGCAAGAGACCCCAGAUCAGCCUCCAGAGCCGCCUAAGGAACUUGUAGCUCAACCUCCAGUAUAUCAAGAGGCAGCAGUUCCAACACCAGAUCAGGAUCAAGCUCAGCGUCUGUGGUUGCCGAAUAUAACAGUUCAGCCUUUCGACUGGGUGCUUACUGUAACUACAGAACCCACUACGGAUGUUAAACAUCCCUCAGCCCUGCAGCAGACUACCGCUCCUCCAGAGGACCUUGAGGUGACAUUUCCACAUUCAGAGCACAUUCAGCAUCCAAUCUUAACUAAAGUCACAGUUAAACCUUUGGACCCAGGGCUUACCAUAACUCCAGAAUCCACUACAGAGACUGAACCUUCUCUAACCAUGCAAGAGACCCCAACCCAGCCUCCAGAGCCACCUAAGGAGGUUGUUCAGUAUCCAUCCCAACAGGAAGUGACAGUUCCUACUCCAAGUAAGGAUCAAGGUCAGCAACCAACAUUGCCCAGUGUCACAGCUCAUCAUGUGGACUUGGGGCUUACCAUAACUCCAGAACCUACUACAGAGGCUGAACAUUCUACACCCAUGAAGGAGACUACAGCUCCUCCCCCAAAGGACCUUGAGGUGACACUUGCACAUCCAGAGCAGGUUCAGUGUCAGCAUCCAAACCUGACUGAAGUCACAGUUCCACCUAUGGACCUGGAACUUACUGUAACUGCAGGAUCCAGUGUGGAGACUGAACCUUCUCCAACCAUGAGAGACACCCCAACUCAGCCUCCAGAGCCACCUAAGGAGGUUGUAGUUCAAUAUCCAUUCCAGCAGGAAGUGACAGUUCCAACUCCAAGUAAGGAUCAAGGUCAGCAUUCAGCAUCACCCAUCAUCCCAUUUCGUCAUGUGGAGCUUACUAUAACUCCAGAACCUAUUACAGAGGCUGAACAUUCGACAACCCUGAAGAAGACUACAACUCCUCCCCCAAAGGACCUUGAGGUGACACUUGCACAUCCAGAACAGGUUCAGAGUCAACAUCGAAACCUGACUGAAGUCACGUUCCACCUAUGGACCUAAAUUCCUGUAAGUCAGCAACCAGAGUCAUUUGAGACAGGUUUUCCUCCAACAACUCAACAUUCUGUGGUGCAUUUUGUAAACUCUACCUCAGAAAAGGCAUACACAACUUUAACUUGGCAACCAGAACAGAAUGCCACCACAAACCUCAAAAUAUGUGAGCGCUGUACCUGCAGAGAUGAGACACUGUCAUGUGUUGGUCUCAGCCUACAGCAGAGGCUCCGCAGAGUGCCCGUGCCGGAGCCCGACACCUACAACGGCACCUUCACCAUCUUAAAUUUCCAAGGAAACUCUAUUUCUUACAUUGAUGAAAAUGUAUGGAAGGGAUACCAUUGGGCUGAGAAACUUGAAAAUUAUCUGACCGAAUUACAUAAAGACACAUUUGAAGGCCUGCUAUCCCUCCAGUAUUUAGAUUUAUCCUGCAAUAAAAUACAAUCUAUUGAAAGACGUACAUUUGAAUCACUACCUUUUUUGCAGUUUAUAAAUCUUGGUUGCAAUUUACUCACCGAACUGAGCUUUGGAACAUUUCAGGCCUGGCAUGGAAUGCAGUUUUUACACAAGCUAAUUAUCAGUCGUAACCCUCUGUCAGCUGUUGAAGAUUCCUAUCUUUUUAAGUUGCCAGCAUUAAAAUAUUUAGACAUGGGAUCAACACAGGUGUCACUUACAACAGUUGAGAGCAUCCUCAUGAUGACCCUUGAAUUGGAAACACUGAUAUUACCUAGCCGUAUGGCCUGCUGUCUCUGCCAAUUUAAAAAUACUAUUGAGGUUGUCUGUAAGACAGUCAAGCUACAUUGUGACAGUGCAUGUCUGACAAAUGGCACACGUUGUGAUCAGGAAGUAUACCUAAGGAAUGCAGAAGGAUCAUUCAUGAAGGUAUUGAAAGCUCGAAAGAAGAGCACCAGCACGGAGCUGACUAUUGAGCCAGAGAAGGCAUCCUCAGACAUAGAUCGUGUCAGUUUGUCAGCCUUUAUGAAUGAGCAGCUAGACUUCAAUGACAAAAGUGAUGUCAUUAGUGCACUGAAUUACAUAUUGCCUUAUUUCUCGGAGGGCAAUCUAGAAGACGUAGAAUCGACGCUGUUACCGUUCAUUAAACUUCUGUUUUCAAAUGUGCAAGAGGGAGACAAGCCCGUGGGUCACUCGAUGAACGACACAGGGGACCCUUCUCUUAAACCUGGAUCCAACAAUUCAACUUACAAGAAUAAACUGAGAAAACUCUACCUUCUGGAAAAUUUGUUAGAUGCAGAAAUUCAGGAAAAAAUUGAUGAGGUGAAAAAGAAAGAAAAAAUGGCCAUGCUUAUACAUUCCAGCCUUUUAGGUCCCAAGUUUAAACGUCAAAUCUUUCCAAAGAAAUUGGAAACUGCCCAACCGCAGGAGAAGAGCCUAGAGGAGGUUGAGAGUGUGGGGAAAAAGUUCCUGAGAGUGAAAAAGGUCAUCAAGGGCCCCAAGGGCAUACGGAAAAGGCACUUAAAAGAGCUGAGACGUCAGAACAUCCAGAGGAAACAGAACGCCCAGCCGUCUGUGGAAAACAUGGACAAGGAACAAAGGCUCAGGAGACCAUCCCCAGGGGAGCUUCACGUGGCGCACAGGCCCAGCAAAUUAGUGGGAAGCUCCUUCAAUACAGAGCCUUCGUUCAUAGAGGAGCACAAGGCAGCGGUCUCUUCUUUCCUGAAGCAAUACUCUUUGGGCAGGCCUUCUGCCACCCCCGCUCCAAAAUCCCCACCUGACGUGAAACAAAAAUCAAAAGACUUAGUGUACACUAAUUUUCUUUUAGAAGAUGCAAAUGCUAGAGUUAGAAAUAUGAAGGCUUUCGGACCAGCCUCACACCCCAGAAAAACACACCGCUUUCAUAAAAGUCGCUCCCGUGUGGUCCACAGAACACCCAAGGCCAAACUGAAUCGAAAGUCCAGAAAGGAAAGUUCACUCAGUAAUAGACAGCUGCUUGCAAAGAGGCCUCCAUCCUCUGCAGUCAGGAGCCUCAUAAAUUCCCCUUCACGAGAGGAUUUUUCAUCUCCGGGAGAACUGAGUCCUCAGAAAAAUCCCUUUCCAGAAUUAUUUGCUCCUUCAGGAACUUACAGAGAAAACACUACUGUAGAGAACACUACUGCCCAAAAUGUUUCUGAAGAAAAUAUUUCUACAGGAAACACUACUGUGCCAGAACAAACCCUCCCUGAAUUCACAAACCGUAAGAAUCUUUCCACUGCUAAUUCUACUGUUACUGCAGACAACUCUAUGCCGACCGUUAAACAAACCAAUGAUACACAAUGGGAAUACCACAAUGCGGGCACUGGCUUGCCCCCAAAAGCCACAGGCUUCACUGUGUCAAAGCUCUCGUCCUCAGGUGAUCUGUUUGAAAUUCAGUUAAACCAGCAGCUACAGUCCCUCAUCCCCAACAAUGACGUGAGAAGCCUCAUUUCUCAUGUUAUCCGGACUUUGAAAAUGGACUGCUCUGAGACCCACGUGCAGCUGGCCUGUGCCAAGCUCAUCUCCAGAACAGGCCUCCUGAUGAAGCUUCUCAGCGAGCAGCAAGAAGUAAAGGUGUCCAAGGCAGAGUGGGAUACGGACCAAUGGAAAAACGAGAAUUAUAUCAAGGAGAGCACAGAAGUCCAGAGUGAACAGAGAGGGCAGGAGUCAAGGGAGCUCACAAAAGAAGUUCCAGGCUAUGGCUAUAACAACAAACUCAUCUUGGCAAUAUCUGUGACUGUAGUAGUGAUGAUUUUGAUCAUAGUUUUCUGUCUCAUUGAGCCUUCUGAUUAUACUUCAGUGUGCCACAGAGGCCUGUCUCCACGGGAGGUAAUGCCCAAUCAUGUAGACACAGAUGCCCUAUCUAUGGAACGGAUGUUUUCCUUAUUGUCAACUCAUGACCUGACAUUCUUUUUGAUCAAUCCUGUGACAUUGAUUCAUUCUCAUAGAGCAGCAGCCAAGGAAGGUAAAGAAGGAAGCUCAAGGGGCUUCUUUGGAUCUCUGCUGCGUAAGAGAUGCUCAAAGGAAAGUGACAAUCAGGAGGGCUUUUUCUGGAGAAGGCGGCCACUUUGGCUUAGGGACAUGUACAGACCUCUCAAUGCCACACGCAAGAAAAACAUGGCACAGAAGCUACACGACAAGGAUUCUUCUGAUGAAGAUGAGAUUUUCAACAAGGAACUAGGGGAGACUGGCAAAGCCACAGCAGAGAAGGCUCAGGCCACAGAUUCCACUACUGAAGAGCUGGGUGACGAGAGUGAGACACUAUAUGAGAUUGUCACAGAGUGAACGCCGUCCUGCCUCAGGCCACCUACAAAGUUUACUUUCCUAUACUGGCUUCUCAGCAUUGCUCGUAAAAUACUUGUUUUUCUCAAUAAAAUGUAUAAAUCCAUAACCAAUUCUAGCCACGUGGUAAGGAACUAAAACGUAAACAGUUAAAUAUUUAUCUACAGACAACAGGGACCACAGGCGAGAGAAGCAGGACUGAAGCCAGAGUCCCUCGUGGUAGCCAGUAUUUCCACAAGACACAGUAUGGGCAAAGUAGGGUGAAUGGGGCGUCUUUCCCUCAUUUCCCUGAUACAGUCAGUCUCUGGAAACUGGAAAACAUAUCUUCAAGGGGCUUAGACUAUUAAGUUAAUUAAGAGCUUAUUCUGGUGCUCUCUCCCCUGGCUCACCAAAUACCAGUUAUUCACAACGCGCUUGACCCCCUGCCCGUAGAGGAUCAUCUCUUUCUGGCCCCUCCGUAAGGUCCUUGGGGUUGCCAGAAUAUUUGGAUCGCUGAGCCUACCUCCACUGUAGGGCUGAGGCCUGUCUUUCUUCCCAAGAGCUCAAACUCAGACACAAAAUGUGUAGUUGGAAGUAGGGUGUUCCUCAACCUUACAAGCUAGUAGAUGAUUCCCAUUGGGUUUUUUUGUUUGUUUUCUUUAAAAAAAAAAAAAAAAAAAGUCCCCACCCUCA